GCAGCAGUGGACAUCACCUUAUUUUCCUGAAUCCUACAAAGUGUUAAGAUUAGUGUUAAGAAUAAAAAAAAAAGUAGUAGCAUGAUAUCUGAUUUCCGGACUCGCACAAAAUAUAUUUUCUGUUGUGCUGUAAUACGCCGAAAAGUUGGAGAAAUGGAUUUUCUCUAAGGAGUGAAUUUCUCCAUUCGAACAUGACUACCAGGUUUUCGUGCCUUGCCUCCGAGCCAAGAGGAGAAAUAUCACUGAGCGACUGAGAGGAAUUUUAUGCACCGCUGAACAAGAAUGCCAGAGGAGCUUUCAAACUGCAGUUUGUGUUGCUGUACCAUGACCUAUAAGAUACUCAUGGUGGUCUUCAUGAUAUCACUCAUACUAACAAUACUUUUUGGAAACACUCUGACAUUGGCAGUGGUCUUUGGAACUAAACACUUCCACAGUCCGCAGGGUUAUUUAAAAGCCUCGCUAGCUGUGGCAGACCUGGCGGUGGGAAUUUUCGUGGUACCCUUGUCCGUUUACGCAGAAAUAUCCCUAAUGAUCUCCAAUUCAAAACCUGAGUGGACUGUGUACAAUUCCCAAAACAUUACUUUUCACCCUUGCAAUGUUAUCGGACCAGUGUUUGCGGGAUGCACUUUGGUUUCCAUCACAACCAUUUUCCUCCUGACCAUUGAAAGGAGCAUUGCCGUUUUGAAGCCUCUCCACAAGGAAUCUGUCAUCACCAAAAAAAGAACAAGCAUACUAAUAAUAUUUUCAUGGAUGGGGAGCUUUCUCUUGGCAACAUCCCCAAUGGUUUUCAGUAAUGAAAUCGCAUUGGAGUACAAUUCUUGCAGUAGAAUGUGCAAUUAUGCAUUGAGAAGCACUGACUUCCCAUCCCAGUCAUGGCACAUUCUCUUACUUUUCCCUGCAUUUGACUUUACUCUACUCGGGGGAACUAUUGUCAUCAAUUUCAUAUCCCUCACCACAAUUCGCCAGCACUCAAAAAGAAGAAAACAUCUCGCUGAGACUGAGAGCCAAAGUGCAAUGAAACCAACCUUCUCUGACAUCAAGGCUGCCAAAACAAUAGGGACACUGACACUGGCUUUCACCAUGUCUUUCACUCCUAUUGCUGUAUUUGUCAUUGGAAAUGUUUUUGGAAAGGAAUGGUGCACUUUUUCAUUUUUUGCCUUUUGGAUUUUGACCACAAACAGCUGCUGUAAUUUUAUUAUAUAUGGUGUGAGAGACCAAAAGUUUCGAAACCGUGCCUAUCAACUGCUCAUAUACACACACUUGAAUAAUGUGCCAAAAACCUAAGCACUAAAUUAAGAAAAAAUGGAACAUUCACACAAUCUUACGUGUAAUUAGUUAUUAUUUAAGCGUCACUAAGCAGACACUUACCAUAUAUAACGGGAACAGUCCUCCUGGAUGAACCUGAGGAUAAAGUCAUAUUCAGGGUUCAAUACAAAUUAAG